GCUUCUGGAUCAUGAUGUGGAAGUCCUGCAAGCUCUUGAUCUUUAUAAAGGACCAAGAUCUGGGCAGGUUCAUGCCAGAACAUAAGCUUGCCCAUUUGGAAAAGGUAAUCGGUGUUAAAAGAAAUGGAGAUGCUUAUCAAUUGGAGGGUCUGCCCGGCCAGCAGAAGAGCAACGCUUUGGGAGGUUUAAUGAAAAACAGCAACGCGCAUCGCGAGUCUGGACUUUGUGAAGCCCAGCCUGGACUUUGUACCACACAGCACGAGGGGCUGCCUUCCCCAUUAACAGCACCGGCGAGACAGAGCAAGUCUGAAGCAUCAGAAAGUACAAAUCCUUGUCAAGAAGAAGAUAAGCAACAUCUGACUUUUAACCUCUGUAAUAUCUUGAGUGGACUGGACUAUCAGCAAAGACCUUUACACGUAGUCUGGCCUCACAGGUGGGAACAUGACAAAGAUCCUGAAACUUUCUUUAAAGUUCUGCUGAAACUGAAAGAGAAGGAUCUGCCUUUUCAUGUGUCCGUCCUUGGAGAGGCUUUCACUGAAAUUCCAGAUAUCUUUUCAGAGGCCAAAAAAGCGUUGGGAUCUUCUGUCUUGCACUGGGGCUACUUACCCAGCAAAGAUGACUAUUUCCAAGCUCUGUGCAUGGCCGAUGUUGUCAUCUCGACAGCUAAACACGAAUUCUUUGGCGUGGCAAUGGUGGAAGCUGUGCAUUGCGGCUGUUACCCGCUGUGUCCCAAAGCCUUGGUGUACCCAGAGAUAUUUCCAGCUGAAUAUCUGUAUUCUACACCUGAACAGCUUUUUAAAAGGCUUCAGAAUUUCUGCAAGAGACCAGAUAUUGUAAGGAAACAUCUCUAUAAGGGCGAGACGGCUGGCUUUUCUUGGGCAGCGCUCGGCGGUAAAUUCAGGUCUCUGCUCACAGCAGAACCGAGGGAAGAUUUGUGACAGAUGGGGCUAAGUCACAAACUUGCAGCCUCAGGCAGAAUUGUGGAAGUUUCCAGAGUGUGCCCAUAUUUACCUGAUCAGAGAGAAAAGAAAAUCUGCAGAGGAAGCCGAGCCUGGCUGCUUGUCAUAGCUGACACAGAGCCAUCUGCCACAAACCUGUGGCGGCUUCAGAUCUCCAAUCCCUGCCACCACCCCAGCUCAAAUUAAAUACAGAUUCUUCGAGACGUUAUGAUGGUUACACAUGUCCUCGGCAUCACAUGCAGGAGACUGUUCAAAAAAAAUAUGUGGCCUGUUGUAUAACCGCACUCAUGUAUCCCAUAUGUGGUGCCACAUUGAAUUUCCGGUUGAAUCUGUUUUUAUCCUUUGUACUGGAUGACAUGGUGCCUGAAUUCUUUCUUUUCGCCGACACGAUGGCAGCCAAGCUGCAGCUUCAAAUGCUCACACUUGGCUGAGUUUCUACCUAGGUUGCCAGGUUAUCAUUGGAGCCUUAUUGUGUCCUCAAAGGGCCACAGGGCCUGAAAGGAGGAUCCGAACGCUGCCGGACUAAUUGGGCAGCCAUCUCCGGGUUGUUUGGAGGCAAAGGGCUGCUUUAGCACUUUUUUUUUUUUUUUUUUUUUUUUUUUUUGCAAAUUAAUGACUCUCUGGCACAGGGGUUUUUAAGUGAAGGUAUUAAUAAGGGGUCUGGCAGGUAAUCCCAUGAUUCGCGGAGUUACAUUUGCAUUUAAUUAAUCUUAAAGAAAGCUGAAAGAUAAACAGCUGUAAUUCAAACUAGCAUGGGAAAUAUGCUACAUGGUGCCAUCUAUCCGAUAAAAUGAAAGCCGAGACACUUGUUUUAUUUCUCUCAAGGAUGGAGAACAAACGGAUAACAGUCAAAAUACUUCCAAUAAAAACCAGUAGCUUAAAUGUAACGGCAGUUCAUCAAGAAUCUUUGCAUCCAGUUACAAAUACGUCUUUUAAAGAUAAAUCACUUACAAUUCCAGCAGUCAAGCUGCUAUAUUUGUUGAUGUAAAAUGUUUUGAAGAUGUAGAUUGUACAAUAAAUUUUUAAUAAAGUGCCCACUGCAAUUUUUAA